AUGACAAACAACGAUCAAUAUGUCCUGGUGACUGGCGCAAACAGCGGCCUGGGUCUGGGAACCUGUUUUCGUCUCGUCGACGAGUACCUUGCUUCUCACACCCACGACGAUGGCACCCUGACCAUCAUAUUCACCACUCGAAGUGCCAAAAAGGGCGCCGAGACUCUGUCGACCCUCGAGAAACACCUCGCCAGUCACAGCGACACCUCCACCUCCAGUCGCAAGAUCUAUUUCCAAUCCGAGAAUGUCGAGUUGACGAGCCUCCUCUCCGUUCGUGCCCUGAGCCGCAAACUCCUCGCCUCAGAUCUUCCGCAUAUCAAUGCGAUAGUCCUCAAUGCUGGUAUAGGAGGAUGGUCAGGUCUUAACUGGCCGCUGACACUGUGGACAGUCUUGACGGGCAUCAGACAGGCUACAACAUGGCCGACAUUCAAACUGGGUCUCGUCGGGCUGGUGACAAAACCACAAUUCCCCAAGGGGACUGUUAUCGGUGAGGAACCGAUCCUUGGAGAGGUCUUCUGCGCAAAUGUUUUCGGACAUUACAUGCUGGUACACUGGCUCAUGCCGUUAUUCCGCGCAUGCGCACCCGAUUCCCGCGGCAAGAUCAUCUGGUCAACUUCCAUCGAGGCGGUAGCAUCUCACUAUAACCCCGACGACCACCAAGCCCUGAAAUCCUCCGCGGCGUACGAACACACCAAGCGGAUGGGAGACUUGCUGGCGCUGAGCGCGGUCGACCAGCUAGCAACAGCCAAACAAGUCAAAGAAUACACGACACCUUCCUUGGAUCCUGCACGAGAGCGGCCAGAUCACUCCGAGCCGACCUUCCUUGUGUCGCAUCCAGGCAUCUGUACCACCACCAUCAUCAGCCUGUACUGGAUCAUCCACGAAUGCUACCGCUUAGGCAUCUACCUGGCCCGUUGGUGCGGCUCGCCCUGGGCCAACGUGACCAGUAACCUCGGCGCCGCGGCGGCAACGUGGCUUGCGCUCGCGUCCCUAGCAGACAUCAGAGACAGAGCUAUCCAAGCCACCGGCGACGAAGACGGCGGGCCAUGUAAAUGGGGGUCAUCCACCGACCGUCUAGGCCAUUCUUCCGUUCGAGUCACCGAUGUCCCCGGCUGGGGCAUUAACGGCAGCGGCAAGCCCUUCAAAGAUAAAUGGUGGGGUGGAAGUCUGGGAAGGAAAACAGGAUACACAGACGCGACCAAGGAAGACGUUGAAAAUUUCGUCGCCGAGGGGGCAGAAGUGUGGAACAAGAUGGAAGCCAUGCGGAAAGACUGGGAGGCCAGGAUUGAAGUGUACGAGGCCGCAGAUCAGGGGACUCGGAGCAAUGGACAUGUGCCAUAA